AUGGGGGAAAAGGUGACAGUCAGCUCCGUCUGUUGGGUCCCGCGGGGCCGCAGCGCUCAGUUCCCAAUGAGCUGCUUAAUAGAGGAGCAGGAUGUGUCUUUGCUGCUGCAGCAGCAGCAGCAGGAGGAGAGCAGCAGCAGCAGCAGCAGCAGCAAGAAGCAGCAGAAGAAGCAGCAGCAGAAGCUGCUGCAGGAACAAGCAGCAGCACAAGACGGGGAGAGUGACGCCGGCGAAUGGGAAGACCAAAUGGAAGAAGACGACGACAGCGAAGACGAGGUCCCGCUGCCGGGGGUUUUCGGGGUUUUGGCUGCGGACGGAGCGACGGCGCUGCGGGACGAAGGCGUAGCAGCAGCAGCAGCAGCAGCAGCAGCAGAAGAAGAAGAAGCAAAUAUAAUUUUAGAAACUGAUUUUGUUCUUGUUGCUGCAGCAGCAGAAAGCAACUUUGGCAGCCUUGAGGUGUACGUACACGACCCCCUCAGAGGCAGUCUCUACGUCCACCAUGACAUCCUGUGCGGGGGUUUCCCGCUGUGUCUCGAGUGGCUGGGGCAAAUGCCCGGGGCCCCCAAAAAGAACUUAAUUGCUGUUGGGGGUUUUGACCCUUUAAUUCAAAUUUGGGAUUUGGACAUUUUGGAUGCGCUGGAGCCCGUGCAUGCGCUGGGCCAGCAGCAGCAGCAGCAGCAGCAGCAGCAGCAGCAGCAGCGGCAGCAGCAAGGGGGGCGCGGGGGCGCUGCGGGCAAGCGAAAAGGCAGCAAAAGAGAUAAACGCAGCAGAGCCCCAGACGCCCACGAGGGGCCCGUCAUGUGUCUCCAGGUUUCUCCGCUGAAAGAGGAGGUUUUGGCUAGCGGCAGCGCAGACGAAACUGCAAAGCUCUGGGACUUGACGACUGGGAGUUGCCUGUCGACUUACAAGCACCACAGCAACAAGGUGCAAGCCAUUGCCUGGCAUCCCUCCGAAGCCUCGCUGCUGGCAACAGCUUCUUAUGACAAAACAAUUUGUUUAAUAGAUGUGCGGCAGCCACACGUGGCGGUCACUGCGCCCCUCAGCGCAGAUGCAGAGGCUUGCUGCUGGAACCAGGCGAACCUGGCGACUUGCUUUGUGAGCCCUGGGGCUAGGGUUUAG